AUGGCAACCUCUGGCUGCAAUUACGCAUACGAACACUAUAUUCGCGCAUGUGGCCCCGUGCUGAGCGGGGAGAGGAAGAACUGUCCCAGCCACUGCAUCUCAUCGCUUGUCCAGCUCAAUCUGACUAGGAACGGGCCAUAUCUAGAAGACUGCGUCUGCGCCCACGAUCCGUUUUGUGCCAGCACCAAACGGGCUAUCGAGCCCUGUCUCCCCAGGACUACCAACACUGGCUGCACUGAAGCUCGCCGCCAGUGCGAGAGAGACCCGCAGUGCAACUCCGCAAUGCGCGAUUAUUUGCACCAUUGUGGGAAACUUUUCAGCGGAGCAGUCUGCACGAACGCCUGCCGAAAUGUGAUCGCAAAGAUGCGUAAAAUACCCAAGGGUCAGCAGCUGGACACUUGUACGUGUGACGGCACGGAGAGGGCCAUAUGCGAGUUUGUUAAGAGCAGCAUGAAGAUUCUGUGCUUCGACUCUCAGGACAGAGAGGAGGGCAGCGGCGACGACAGCCAAGAUCGAGAGGAUGACGAUGAUCUCUGGGAAUACAACUAUAUAGAGGAAUACGAUAGUGGAGCCUCCCUCCCUUCAGCUCAUUGUGUUUUAACCCUGCUGGCAUCCAUUUUGGCUCUAUUGCCCCUCAUUUGAUCCCCGGUUUUCUCUUGUCCGGAUAAACGGCACUCAAAACGUUUCACUCGUUUACAUAUUGUGAACGUCUCAGACUAAAUUAGUGGAUUUUUGGCACAGGUCUUGUUUGAAUGAAAAGUUUUAGGCGCAGAAGGAUCUCAGAUCAGCGUGUUUUUUAUGCAAAUGAGACCAGAAGGUUAUUGUGGUCAGUCUGAGCUCCAGGGACCUCUCAUAUCAAACCCUACAACUUCACAGCCCCCCAGCUUUGCUUAUGUGAUAAGCUUAAUGGAGUUGUCUGCUUUCUCACGGUCACACUCAGACACUGAUAGUUGUCAUGAUGGAGACAGUUGGCUCCUUUUGGUAACAAUGCAAUGUGUUAGUCGAUGCUGUGCACUGCCGACCUUUUCUCUGAAUGAACUUUUUUAAAGAAAUGAACUAUUUUUCUAUGACUGACUGUUGCCGUUUGGCACCAAGCUAUCUGAUUUACAUGUAUUUAAUGCUGGAAUCUAUAAACGUGUAAAUAGACUAGGAGUCAAAGUCAAACAGUUAUUUAUUACAUGUCACGUAGUUGCAUCCAGAUGCUCAUCAUGUGAAUAAAAGACUAAGAAUUCCAGCUUUAAAGGGAAGUUAUUUUGACUGUAUUCUCUUCAAACAUAAUGUUUGUUGUAUAUAUGUGUAUAGCCUAGAGAUGUUUUUCAGAGAAUCCUUUAUGUUGUAGGCUAUGAGAUGAUUUAUUCACUGUGUAUAGCCUAGAGAAGUGUCUAAAUCCACUGUAUGAUUGCCUUAAUGAUAUACUUUUAUUAAAAAGGCAUAAAGGAAACU